UUAGCGGGUGGGAGGCGCGGCCGCGUUGCUACAGCGAGAGCUGGGGAGCUGGGCGGCGGCGGGCGCUGCCCGAGGAGUGUCCCGGAGCCCGAGGCGGCGGCGCGAUGGAGGGACUGGAAGAAAAUGGAAGUGUUCAAGUUGGAGAAUUAUUACCUUGCAAGAUUUGUGGAAGAACAUUUUUUCCAGUGGCAUUAAAAAAACAUGGACCCAUUUGCCAGAAAACUGCCACUAAAAAACGGAAGACUUUUGAUUCAAGCAGACAGAGAGCUGAAGGAACUGAUAUUCCAACAGUAAAACCUCUUAAACCUAGGCCUGAACCGCCAAAGAAACCAUCUAAUUGGAGAAGAAAACAUGAGGAAUUCAUUGCCACCAUAAGAGCAGCUAAAGGCCUGGACCAGGCCCUUAAAGAGGGGGGCAAGCUUCCUCCUCCUCCUCCACCUUCGUACGAUCCUGAUUAUAUUCAAUGUCCAUAUUGCCAGAGGAGAUUUAAUGAAAAUGCAGCUGAUAGACAUAUAAAUUUCUGUAAAGAACAGGCAGCACGUAUUAGUAAUAAAAGCAAAUUUUCUACUGAUGCCAAAGGCAAAGCGACUUCUCGGACACAGUAUAAGCCGCCUGCUCUUAAAAAGUCCAAUUCUCCUGGGACUCUGUCAUCGGGAUCUUCACGAUUACCACAGCCAAGUGGCACCAGCAAAACUGUUGUAGGUGUCUCUUCAGGUAGAAUGUCUUCAGUUAGCAGCUCGUUGGGAAACAAACUUCAAACCUUAUCUCCCUCGCAUAAAGGGAUAGCGGCCCCUCAUGUAGGUAAAAUGGACAAGUUAGGCCCUCCACUUCGAACUGGAAGACAUGUGCAAAGGUUGUAUGGCAGUGACACAAAAUCAGACAGUGCCAUCAAAAGACAUGAGUUAUUACCCAUUUACAACGCUAACAUCAAACCUCGAAAUUCCACACCACCUAGUUUGGCACGAAAUCCUGCCUCAGGUGUCCUUACAAGCAAGAGAAAAACAUAUGGUGAGAGUUACAUAGCCAGGCCAGAUGGCGACUACGUAUCUUCACUCAACGGUGGAAACAUGAAAGGCUUUGAAGGAAGUUCCUUACCCAAAUUCUGCCACGAGUGUGGGACUAAGUACCCUGUGGAAUGGGCCAAGUUUUGCUGUGAAUGUGGCAUUCGAAGAAUAGUUCUGUGAACAAAACCCCAAACGAAAGAGCGAAGUCCAGAGUUUGAUGACUGUUACUGCUUCCAGCCAGAGCACUUCCUCUAGUUAUUUUGUGCUAAAAUUGAUACACUUUUUUCCAGCAAUUUUUGGAACAUAAUCCCCUUGCUAUAUAAUGUGUGGGGUGUGUGUGUAUAUAUGUGUACAUAUACUGUAUAUAAUAAAUACCUAUUAUUCCAAACUGUGCCAGUCAAGAAAAUACUCAUCUGUUGGAAAAUGAUUUCAAGUGGAAUCGUUAACUUAGGUGUUACUCUUCUGUUGUUGUGAAAACACAUCAAGUACAAAUCCUCGAACUCUAGUGCUUAGCCCUUCAGGCUUUAGGAUGAUCAUUACUUUGAGCAAAAAAUCAGAAUAAACAUUUUAUUACUGGUGCCUAUUUUCAGACAGUCUCUGCGAUAGUUGGAUGGGAUGCUUGGAGUUUUGGAAUUGAGAAUAUUUUUAGUUGCAAUUAGUUAUGUGAGGUCAUUUUGCAGUAGUUCUCUUCAACAGUUUUAUAAAUUUUUUUUAAAAGAAAAAAUAAGUUCUGUGUUACCCUUUACUCAGUGUAUGAUGAUAUAAUUUAAAUAUUUUUACUCAUUCUCUCAAAAUGUAAUUAUGCAAUUUCCUUUUUGGAGACACAGGCUAAAAAUACAAAUCUUAUUCUAGUUAUAACUGAAAUUUUCACCUCUGUGUCUGCAUCUUCAAAUUUCAGUUAUUUUCUUUCUUUUCUAUAACCUAAUGUCUAAUGAGUAGUUUUAUUAUUAUUUGUAUUAAUUAUUAUGUUUUAAUCCUC